GAUGUCAACAAAUCUACAUUUAAAACAACUUGCAGAAAGAUCCCGAAAAACUGUAAACUCCAUUGUUAAACAAGAUCUUCCACCGAUAGAAAGGAAUUUAGAACAAAUUGAAAAACAAUCACGUAAACUUGCUGACAAAGUUGUAAGACCUGGAGAAAUUGCAGAAAGAAAAGCUCCUUAUUUUUUGGCUAGCAUUGGAAUUGAUGGCGAUAAAUUAUCACAAGAGAUAAAAAGCAUUAAUGUAUUUGAUGCUUUUGAACCGCGAGUUAUUUUAUCUGAUACUGAUAUUGAAAAAUUCCUUGAUCUCAAAAAUCAACAAGCCAUCACUACAUUAAUAAAAGAUGGAUAUACACAAGCAAUAGAUGAUUAUAAUACACUUUAUGACCAAAAUCUUAUUAAAGAGUGGGACAAAACAAAAAGAAAAGUUUUCGAAGAACUCGGGCAAUUCAAUUCACCGAAAUCAAAUACUUUCAAUUUAGAUUAUGGUAUUAGUAAUAUGUCAAUUUCAAAUCAAAUAAAACAGCCUUAUACUCCUGUAACAGAUCGUCAAGCUAUAUUAAAAACCAAAUCAGCAAUAAAUUUAAAUCAACGCCACAUGGUUUGUUUUGAUGUCGUUGUUAAAUUAAAUAACUUAAGGCUGUCGAAUUAUAAAUAUGGUUUAAUUAAUGAAUUUCUCGAAGCGGCAAAAAAAAUUUCUGCUGAUCAAAAUAAAAAUUUUUUUGAUUGUUGGCGAGCACUUUUAUUUAUUGUUGGGGAACAUAAUGUCAUUGAAGGAAGAUUCACACGAAACUCUUUAAGUCAACAUCAUUUUUCUCAAGCAUAUGAAGCACCACCUCAAGAUCUCGCACAUAAAAAAUUAUCAAUGGCUUUUGUGAAUGGCGCUAGACAAUAUUUGGAAGAAAUGUAUCGUAUUUGGGCAAGGAAUCUAAUAGAUUCUUUUCGAAACGAGGCAACAGUAGGAGGUCAACCAUCAGCAAUUGCCAUUUCACUUGGGGUUUUGCGCGUUAUUCAUCGGCCAAAUGGUGAAGAUAAUAUUCCUAUAUGGGGUUUAAUAUAUGUUCUUAUCAGACAAGGUUAUUAUAAUGAAGCUAUGGAAGUAAUGGAAAAAUUCGCAAAAAAUUUUUUAGCUGAAGAUUUAACUUUUUUAACAAACUUCAAACAAUUUAUUUCAAACGACAAUAGUCUUCCAUCAAUUGAAAGACAAAAAUUUAUUGCAGAAAUAAAACUCAAAACAAAAUUGAUAGUCCAAUCUCAAGAUCCCUACAAAUCAUUAAUAUAUCAAAUAGUAGCACAAUUGGAAGAAUUACCUCAGAAACCACAAACUCACACAGUUUCUCCUUCAACAGAAGACUUUAUAGAAAUUGAAUCAAUUCAUGGUGGUGUAAAUGACGUAGUGACACUAAGUAGUUUUCAGAAUGAAAUUUUAAGCUUUGGCCCUAAACAUUUUACUUCAAAUGGAAGAAAUCCUAUAAAAUAUUUUUAUGCUUUAUUACUUUCACUCCAAUUUGAAAGGGCACUUGAUUAUUUAUGUCAAACAGAAUAUGUUGUAGAAGCUGUACAUUUUGCUAUUGCUCUAGCCUAUUAUGGAUUAUUAAGAAUUCCAGAAGAUGGAGAGGCAUUAUCAUUAUUUUUUGAAAAGAAAGAAAGUGUCAAUCAUGUAGUGACUAAAUUUAAUUUCAAUAUGCUUAUUAUUCAAUACGUCCAUACGUUGAUUAGAGAUUACGACAAUGUUGCAAUUCAUGCAUUUCAUUAUUUACUUUUGUUAUAUUUGUACGGUUAUCCUAAUAAUGAUCGCGGAAGAUAUCAAAUAGAAAUAAGUCAUGAUCAAAUGAGAAAUCUUGUAUUUGUAACAAAUUCUUUAAUGUUUAUAAGAAAUGAGGGAGAAUUUAAAGAGAAAAUUAUCAAUAUACUUGCUAAACAAUUUUAUGAUGAUGGAAAGUAUAAUUCUGCAAGACGUUUACAUGAAAUAACCGAGAAUUAUGAGGAAUGUGUAAUAUUACUCAACAAAAUGCUUGCAGAGUAUAUAUGGAUUAGCAUAUGUAGAUUGACGUUACAAUCAGAUACAUCAAUUCAACUUAAUCCUAAAGAAAUUGCUAGAAUAUCUAAAGAAUAUGAUCAAAAGCAAUAUACCAAAAAUGUUUCACCCAAUCUUAUAAAUGAUAAUAAAACAUUACUUAAAUUGGUCGAUUUUGUAGAGUAUUAUAAAAAGCAUGACUAUGAAAGUGCCUUAUCCUGUAUUAAAAUUCUUGAUCUUUUCCCAUUUGAAGAUGAUAUUAAUAUAAUCAAGCAAAAGGCAAUUGAAAUUGAUGGCAUAGAUGAAUCAUUGAAAAAGUCUAUUGCUGAACUUUUAUACACAACCAUGAAAUGUAUAUUUCAUCGUCAACAAUAUUUAAAAGAUCAAUUGUUUCAUGGAACACCAGGAGCAAAAACUAUUUAUGGAGAUGAAUUAAGCGAACUUCAGAGGAAUGCUAAAACUAUUAUUACUUUUGCAGGAUAUGUGUCAAAUAGUGUGGUGAUGUCUGACAUUUAUUAUAAAUUAAAUGAAUUAGAAGUGCAGAUGAGAUAA